GAGUCAGCUCGCAGCCGUCGUCAUCCAACAGACCCAGGCGUCCAGGGACAUGAAACUCAAUCCACAGCAAGCUGCACUCUAUGGCCGGUGUGUAAUCACGGUGCAGCUCUCUGAUGAGGAGCUGCCUGCAGACGAGGAGGGCGUCGACUACUUCCUGCUGUUUGCUGGCAGCACACAGAGGCACCUGACCAGCACCCUAAGGAGCAGUCAUGAUACCUUGCAGGCCCUGUGUCCCGCUCAUGACUGUUGCGAGGAGGUGUUGGUCACCUUGUGCUCAGCCAGCCGAGGCGUCCCCGAGUCCCCCGACGACCUAAAGCCCUGUCUCGGUGGCGUGGCUCCAUUGGCCGAGCAUCGAUUCAGCUUUGUCCAGGAUUUGGCUUUCGACAUGGCCCAGUUCUUGGUGAGCACGGCGGGCAGGGCCGACGGCCUGGACGGAGCGCUGCUGCUGGACGAGUGUCAGAUCCCCCUGCAGGAGUGCGAGCGUCUGGACGAGAGCCUGGCGCUGGCCCUGCACCACCUCGCCCUGCCUCCGGGAUGGAGCUUACUGGGGAACCAGCUAUCCAACAACACUGACCUGAAUCCUCAGGAGACUCUGCUGCACUUCUCAGCGCGUCGAGGCCUCUUUCGGGUGACGUGCUUCUUGCUGCAGCAGGCCGGAGCAGGGGAAGCGCUGCGAUUGGCCAACAGACAAGGCCACACCCCCUCCGCCGUCGCAGCCCUGCGUGGACACGAACGCCUGCACGAGCUCCUCACGCAGGCCGAGACGGACAAAGGGACUGAGACUGUCCAGCUGGUGUUCGCGGACGCCCGGGUUGUCUGCCACCUCCCCAGGCUGAACACGCACACUCUGACACUGAGCAACCGCCCGGGCCAUGACCCCCCGACCCUCCGGAGGAGCGUGGAGCAGCUGCUGCACUUGAUACACCAUCUCCAUGCCAAGGGAGUUUCUGCACUGGAGCUGAAGUUUGAGUCCCUGCACACGGCCGCCGAAUGUUGUGAUGGUGCAGAAACAGAGAUAACCUGUCCGGAGCGACUACAGCUGCCUGUCACGGCGUCAGAGUGCCUGGAAGCAACAAGUGGAGGGAGCUGGGUGGAGAACUGCUCCGUGGAAAGCUGCGGCGGCGCUGAUUGUGGACAUGGUGGGGCUGGGAAGGCGGAGAGGGACUGGAGUUUGUCUGUGAGCGCUCCAACGUCAGAAGUGAGGCCCCGGGAGCAUGGCCCCGGCACCCCAGCGGACUGGGCGUGUCUCGGCACAAACACUGGGAGAGAUUGCUGCCAGGCUGAGCAUGAGGAAAGGGAGCAGCCCGUGGUUUCCACACGGAGUUUGAGUCCAUGUGACAGGAGUGAAGGAGCGCAGAGCGGGGAGGAAGGGGAGAGCCUCACUGUGGGAAUCCCACCGCCGGCAAACGGUGAUAAGCGGGCAGAGGAAACUGAUAGAGAGGCUGUGAUCUGGGAAGGACAGGAGGCCACGAAGGGAGAGGACAGAUCAGAACAGGAAGCAGAGGAGGACAGCACAGCUACAAGGAGGGAGGAGGAGACCGGCACAGAGUCAACAGAUCUAAUAAAGCACUGCGGAGUCACAAAGGCGUCGGUCAUGGGCCAGUCACCGUCAUCAGAGGCCUUAGGGCUAUCCGACACCUCUGAUUCUGAAAUGAAGGAGUGCUCUCAGGAAGGAGGUUCGAGUGGGAGACCAAGCCAGGAGCUCUGCGACGGACUCUCUUUCCAGGAGGAGAAGGCAGAGAGUGAGGGGUUAACAGAGCCUCUGUCAAACCUAGCGGGCCUCCCCAACCCACCGCCGAUAGACUGCAGUGAUGUAAUUACGGAACCUGAAUCCGCUGUUCCACAUCUCCUGAUAGAAGGCCUCCACGAGGGGGAACCUCCGCCAGACAUAAACAGCCUGGAACAAAACCAGGAAACAGCUGGCAGGGAUUACGACACAGAGCAGCCGGGGGGCUCGGCUCCAGAAACUGGGAACUGUACUGGAACAGCGAGUGGUGAGGAGUUAGACGGUGAAGACGCAGCAGAACCUGGACCUGGAUGCGGUAUUGAAAGCACCAGUUUGCCCAUGGAGGAACCUGACACUACAGCGGAUUGCCGGACUGCUGGUAACUCCACUGAAGAUCCGUCACCUGAAAUGACGCCCAGCUCCGGCGACAGACCGGCUGUUCCCGAUUCUGGGGCGACCCACGUCAUCUCCAGCGACGACGAUGGCAGUUUCCGGUCAGUCGGAAGCUCCACGACGGAUAUAUUUCACCCCACUCUUGACAAUGUUGGUAUGGAGGAUCAGGACGUGCUUCAAACCAGGAUAGCAGAUCUGUCCUCAACAGGAUUCACGAUGGAGGAACCAAACGAUUCAAAACCGGCGGUAAGGGAGGAAGACACACUAAUUGUGGACGGGUCCUCCCCUGCCAGUGAACAAACAGUGAGAGAGUGCAGCCAGGCUGGCACUGAGCCUGAGUCACAACUGUCACCAAGCCUCAACACAAUGGAGGCUUUGAAUCCUGAGGGGACAGGAGAGAAACUCGCCCCAGAACUUCCCAGAGAGGAUCCGUCGCUAGGUCAGGUGUUGUCAGAGAACGGGGACGCCGGUGACUCUGAGCUAAACACAGGGACUGAGCAUUUGGCAUUAGAGCUCAGCAAUAGGGUUUUAUUAGAACCUGGUCCCGCUGUCGCAGAAGGGAGCGAAGCAAAUGACCCGGUUGAAGGAGGCUAUCAGUUCACAGAGACCUGUGACGAAUCUGCAGUGGCCUCAGCUGAAAAGAGCGGAGACCCGCAACCCGACCAGGAUAAUACCGAGAUGACAGCGGAUGAGAGGUCACCCGGUGAGGAUUGGAUCAUUGCGUCUUCUUCGCAAGGUGCCGACGCCUUUGAAGGAGAACCACCUUCUCCUUGUGAUGAGGACCAGAUUACUGAAAACCCAGAGACUCCCGACGCAGUGGACGGAGCAUCGCAAGGCCCCGACGGUGCAGUUCAAGAGGUGGAAGCCAUCAUGUCUGGAGGAACAGUAAUUGGUGCAGGGGAGGAAGAAAAUCACCUCCCAGAGGAAACAGACGUCUCCAUGAUCCACCGAGACAGAGAGGCGUCGUUCCAUCAGCCCUGCAACACUCAGCACUCAGGAUCCUCACUGUCUUCAACCUUCCCCAGUUUGCCCAGUAGAACCAGCAGUGCCACCAGCUGUCCCUCCACAGCUCACAGAGACUCUGGCAGUGACAUUGAAAGCCUCCUGAACGCAGAGCCAGGAUAUGACAGCAUCUUCAGAAAGAACGAUGAACCAGUGACAGGUGGAGACAGUGCCAGCGAGGUCUCCGUCUCCUGUUCCUCCACAGACGACACCGCCAGCGUCGGCCCGUCCAGCUCCAGUCCCGAGGGCAGCCGGGGCCUGGAAUGCAGCUGGAGCCCAGAGGAGGCUGGGGCUCCGAUCGCUGCAGGACAGGACAGUGGGGGAGGAGGAGGAGCAGGAGAAGCUGAAGAAGAAGCCAAGGAUAGAGUGACGGAGGUGCCGCUGCGCUCCAGUAUCCUCCGGAACAGCAUCCGCUCCCUGUCGCCCCUUCGCCGCCACAGCUGGGGUCCCGGAAAGAACGGAGGAGACGCAGAGAUGAACCAGAGGAGCUACAGCCUUGAAGGGCUCAGUGGGGUCCAGGAAGAGCUGAGGGGCCCCACCACUCAGGGGCCCCGAAUCCUGGAGCCUUCCAGGAUGCCCCGGCAUGACAGCGAUGACAGGGGCUCCCUAGUGUCUCUGACAGAGGAGCAGGAGGAACUGGGGCAGCAUGGCAGACUACACGACCUGAAAUCAAGGCGGUAUCGUCCUCUGCGAAACAGCUGUCCUCCCAUGACCCUGCCCCUCACCAAGUCUGUAUCCAUGCUCGCCAUCAGCCAGAGAGACGUUGAUGGUAUGAGUUCGUUUUCCAGCGCCUCUGGGUCACUGGCAUACAGUAUAUCAGAGGAGGAGCCGGGCCCUCUGCGGAGCGACACCGAGGGAAAGAGCGUGACCAAAGUCAGCCGGACUUUCAGCUACCUCAAGAACAAGAUGUACAAAAAGACCAGGGAAAAAGAGCGCGACAAAAAGGACAAGGACAAGGAGGGCAAGGAGAAGGACAAGAAGGCCAUCAACGGUCAUCUAUUCACACCUGUCAGCUUGGGCCCAGCAGCCCAGUGCUUCCAGUGCAAUAAGGCUUUCAACAACAAGGAGGCUUUCCAGUGCACUCACUGUAAUGCCUCCGUCCACAAGAGCUGCAGGGACAGCCUGCCUGUUUGUGCCAAGGUGAAGAUGAAGUUACCCAAACAGCAGUUUGCAGUACCAGAUUCAAGCUCUUUCCCUACAGUCACGAUGAGGAACAAAUCUGGCGGGACAAGGGAGCGCCCCUGGUCCGCCAUCUUGUCCCCAGAAGACCAUUCUUCCCUGAUGAUCGCAUCACGGAGACACACCAGCAUCAUGUCUUUCCAUGGCAACAACCUCUCCAAGAGUCUCUCCAUAAGCAACAUAGCUGGUCCGGUGUUCGACGACAUGCCCAUUAAAAGCCGGCGGUAUCUCUCCCAGUCCACCGACUCCCUCAACAGAACCAACCAGGUCACAGAGUCCAUGGAAUCGCUCACUGAUGAAGGGACGGAGAUGAUGGACGGCCAGCUGAUGGGGGAGUUUGAGGCAGAGGCCAAGGAGCUGGAAGCUGACUCGUGGAGUUUAUGUGCCGAGCAGCAGUACCUUCAGCAGCUGGACAAGGAGGUGGCGAAGAGACAGGACGUCAUCUAUGAGCUGAUGCAAACGGAGAUGCACCACAUCCGGACGUUGCGCAUCAUGUCCGAGGUCUACAGCAAAGGCCUGCAGAAGGAGCUGCAGCUGGAGCUUCAGACGGUGGAGAAGCUGUUCCCCGCUCUAGACGAGCUCCUGGACCUCCACACGCAGCACCUCCUCCGCCUCCUGGAGAGGAAGAGGGAGAGCCAGCUGGAGGGGGGAAGCUCGGAGGGAGGCUUCAUCAUCAACAGGAUAGGGGACAUCCUGGUCAGCCAGUUCUCAGGGUGCAACGGCGAAAGCAUGAAGAAGGUUUACGGAAGAUUCUGCAGUCGCCACAACGAAGCUGUGAACUUCUACAAGGACCUCCUGACCAAAGACAAACGCUUCAAGGCCUUCAUCAAAAAAAAGAUGAGUAGCAGCAUUGUGCGGAGGCUUGGUAUCCCAGAAUGCAUCUUGCUGGUGACCCAGAGGAUAACAAAGUACCCGGUGCUAAUACAGAGAAUGCUGCAGCACACUAAAGAAAGCGAUGAAGACCAUGAGGACCUGACGGACGCUGUCCGGCUGGUGAAGCAAGUGAUCGCUGCGGUCGACAGCAAGGUGAACGACCACGAGAAGCGGCGCCGACUGAAGGACUUUCACGGCCGCAUGGACAGCAAGUCCAUCAUGAUGACCAAGAGCGGCCAGAUCUUUGCCAAGGAGGAUCUGCUGAGGAGGAGGCUGAUCCACGACGGAGUGCUGCAGCUGAAGAACGUCCAGGGGAGACUGAAGGAUGUUCAUGCUCUGCUGCUAUCGGACGUCUUCGUCUUCCUCCAAGAGAAAGACCAGAAAUAUGUCUUCGCCAUGAUGGACCAGCGCUCCACGGUCAUCUCCCUCCAGAAGCUGAUCGUGAGGGAGGUGGCCAACGAAGAGCGCGGCCUCUUCCUCAUCACGGCGGGCAUCGAGAAGCCGGAGAUGAUGGAGGUCCUGGCCAGCUCCAAGGACGAACGCAACACCUGGAUGCAGCUCAUCCAGGAGGCCAUGCAGUCCAUGGAGAAGGAUGAGGACGAAGGGAUUCCCAGUGAGACAGAAGAUGACAAGAGACAAAUGGAGACGAAAGCCAAGGAGAUGCGAGAUCUGUUGAGGCAGAAGGACACAGAGAUCAUGUCCCUGCUGGAGGAGAAGGUGCUGCUCUUCAGGGGGAUGUGGGAGGGCCUGAACCCAGGAGAGGAGGUCUGCCGGCAGGUCCAGCCUUUCUUCAGGUCGGCCAGCAGCCUGGAGCCACCCAGGGGGGCGUCCAUUAUGUCAGACGCCCUGCAGGAAGUGGAGACGCUACAGGGGCUGGUGAACGGCAGCCUGGGCGGGGCGAUGGCCAGCGUCCAGGAGGGAGGGGGAUCGGGGCCGGUGUGUUUGCCCCGUCGGGCGGAGACCUUCGGGGGCUUCGACAGCCACCAGAUGCACAGCAGUAAGAGUGGAGAUGGCGACGAGAGCGAGGAUACUGCCGGAGAUCUGCGCAGGACGGAGUCCGACAGCGUUUUAAAGAAGGGAGGAAACGCCAACCUGCUGCUGCUGCUGAAGAGGAACAGUGAGCAGGUCCUCAGCAGCGUUUCCAAUCUGCACCUCCUGCUCAGCACCCUGCAGGCGGUGGUGGUCCAGCAGGACAGCUUCAUCGAGGACCAGCGGCAGGCCCUGAGCGAGCGCUCCUCCUCCACCUCCUCUUCCUGCACGUCGCUGUCGCGGCCGUCCUCGCGGCCCAGCUCGCUGAUCGAACAGGAGAAGCAGCGCAGCCUGGAGAAGCAGCGGCAGGAGCUGGCCUCCCUGCAGAAGCAGCAGGCGGCUCACGCCGACGAGAAGAGGAGGCGGGAGAAGGAGUGGGAGACGAGGGAACAGCAGCUGACGGACAGGGAGGGGCAGGUGCACGUACAGGCGGAGGAGGUCCUGAAGCGGCAGAAGGAUCUGGAGGAGGAGAGGCAGGGCCUGCAGAGUAGGAAGGAGGAGUACCAGAGAGACCUGGAGCGGCUGAGGGACGCCCAGAGGAAGCUGGAGAGGGACAGAGAGGCCGUGCAGCGGCAGCUGGACAAGAUGGAGGAGCUCCACCUGUCUGAGGGGAAUCCCUUCACCACGUCGGAUGAAUCCCAGUUCCGUAGCAGCUCCCUGUCUCUGGAGCUGGACCCACCGGAGCUCUCCCCCCUCCUCUCCUCCUCUUCCUCCCUGCUGAGGCUGCAGCCCCAGCGGUCUAAGCCCAAAGGGAAAGGCCUCAAUCCCUUCACCUCGUCCUCCACCAACCUCAAAGGCGGCGAUGCCAACAACCAGAUCUCAAAGAGCCUGCUGCAGCUGGCCAAGAACAAGAGCAAAGAGGGGAAGGAGAAGGAGAAGAAGAAGAAGAAGGGCAAAGGGGGGAGCACGUCGGCAGCAGACCCCUCACACCUCGGGGAGCCUCCUCUGGAUGGAGAGAUCUUCUUCUGCUGAGAGACGUGGCUCUACUCCUCCUCCUCCACCUCAUCAACCCGUCACCAUCCAUUCAGGAGAAAUGUGUUACUGCUGAGUAGUAAUACAUUCAUCUGCAUAUGUAAUACUGCAGUGUACUACCAGGCUUUUUGGCACCUUUAACAUCACCUUGAAAAUACUUUUAUUCUCCCAAUCGUAGCAAUUUAACAGAACAUGCAAGAAAAAGACAGACAAAUAGAUUAAAAUCCACUGCUUUAGGCCCUGGAGAGACAAAUAUUUGAAGGAUUCUGUUAUGGCUUUCAAGUAGACAAACAUACUUGUAGUACAUAUACAAAUAGGCGACGUGGAAUAGCAGCACAUAUCAGGGUAUUUGGUUUCCUUUUCCAAAGACACAACAGUGACGUGAUUAAUUUCUUCAUUUGGAAGAAUUCUGAAUUUGUGAGCAUCAAAUCAAAGCGUUUCACAGCAGACCGCCCUCACAAGCUCUGCCAAGUAAGUCUCGGGCUCCACUGCCUUUCAGUCUUCAGUGUUUGUUACGGACCCAGCCUUUCAACGGUCCGUCCCGGUGUAAAGUUUCGCACAAACACACACAGACGAUACCCAAAAGGCCGCUUGGAAACAGAAAUGAAUGCCAACGAGCUCCGUGUGGAACUGGAAACCCAUCACUCCUGAUCAUCUAUUCUUGACAAUUAAUCAGAAGACUGAAGCCUCAGAGGAAAACCUGCCUAAACCAAGUGUCCUGGUAUCAUGUCUCAAUCAAAAAACAAGUCCAGGGUUUUCAGAGUUUCAGUCAGAAAUGCUUCAGUACGGAUCCACAUUCCUUUACUCACUACUUGAAAAGCAGAUUUGGUUACGUCUACUAAUUUAGCUUCCUGUUAGUACUUAAAAUGGAAUUGAAAUACCUUCUUUAAUCUUCUCUAAAUACUUUAUGCCAUCAAUCUUGUUCCCUGGUUCGGUUUUAAUUUAUUUGAAUAAUGGAUAUCUCCAUUUUUGAGUGAAACUCUUCAGAUGCGUGCGUCUCCUUUUUCCAGACUCGCCAUCGAUGAAAGGAAUGAGACAUAUCUUCUGGCGUCUAAUGGAUCAAUUCAUAUCCUUUAGUGUGUUUUAGAGCCAUGGAUGGAUAUUAGCUUGAUCCCUGCUUUAUCUCCCUGUCAAUGAGCUUUUAUACAGAGCUCAGCUCUCAUCCCAGCACCGACGAGUGGAGCUUUCCUUUCUUUUCUUUUUUUUAAUUGCAUGUAACUCUGCAGGUAGCAUACUAAUGGCUGCUGUGCGUUAAAGAGUUCAGCGGUUCUGAUGAUAGACUCUGUGGAAGCACACGGCUGACGCUUUCAGAAUGAUGGAGGCUGUUAAUCUGGGGACAAAGCAGCUGGUUAGAGGAAAUAAACGCACCAAAAUGACGCUCUGUUUGGACUACUAAUUAUAAAAUAAACCCCUGCUCAGUCUGAUCAUUUCAAAUCAACACUCAUCAGUGUUGUGAAGCACUUUGGUCCAAAUAUGUUCAUGCAUUCUUUUGUUAUCGGUGUGAGAUAUCAAUCAAGGAGAUCUUUUUAUUAUGUUUUUUUUUUAAUCAAGGGCACUGAUGCUCAUGAAAAGCAGCGAUGAUCCAAAGUGAGAUAAAAAGUACAUAAAAGACGCUACAUUUUGUGAGCGUUAAUUAAAAACAGGGGACGGUAGCUUUUAUGUAAUGUUUCCACGGUGACCUGUCAUAACUUUUGAACCCUGUGUUUUAACCCCACUAAACCCAGAUUGUGGGCCACACACACACACACACACACGCUACCUGCUGGACAGGUAGGAAGUAAAAAACAAAUAAGAAGUUUAAGAACAGAAAAGGAGCAUUUGGCAGUGAAUUACAGAGCAGCACCACUGAACUGCUUUCUUGCUGCCUGUUUUGUCUCGUGUUUUAAGGGCUUGUCUGUUAACUGUGUUGAGGAUUUGACUUCAUGUCCGGACCUGUUUUUUAUUCUAGUGUGUCUUCUAAGAGGCUUACGGGGCCAGCCAAUUAGUUGCUUCAUGUCUUUUGUUUAUGGCUUUCUGGUGUAAUCCUGUCAAAGGAACAGAGAGGAAUGGGCUCCUUGUUUUGUUUCCCCGGUUGCUUUAGGUGUGUUUUGACCACUAGGGAGCACUGCACCUAUGACUAAAUGAGUUCCCUCCCCUCACAAAACAACAACAAAAACUAGAAAGUAUGAAAAUAUGUAUUAUUUUUUAACAUAUUCUACCUGCUGCGAGAAAUUGACAUAUUUUUCUCAGCAGGUCAUUGCAGUACAGAGAUAAUGUGAUGAGAGUGGGCUCUCACGCUCUGCGACAUUUUCCCCCACUGCAUUUGGAAUUGACUGGCGAAACAAACAAGUUGUCAGAGAUUGUAAUUGGUUAUUCUGUGAAACCAGUCAGCAGCAGCUUUAAUGUGUGAAAAUAAAAAAACAACACCGGUCGGAGGGAGCGACCGGGCAGAACCACAAACCUCUCUCUGUAAAGGACAAUCAGCAGACACGAGACAGGAAACUCCCUCCCCGAUGAUGAUGAUGAUGAUAAUGAUGAUGAUAGUGAUGAUGAUGAUGAUGAUGAUGAUAGGGCUGUCCAUGAGACGAGUGUGUCCAUCAGGUGAACCCUGCGUAGCCUUAAAUCCUAAACGAUAAAAUGCACUAGAGUAGAGCCGAGUGCUUCUCAGGAGAGAGAUCAUUUUUACCUCUGCUUUGAAACGAAGGAAGAGUUUUUGCACCGUAAAAGUGGUGCAGAUGUGCUUCAUUCCCAACCAUGUAAAAAAAAAAAAAGGGCAAAGACAAAUAUGUAAAUAUGAUUUAUGUAUAAAACAAAUCAAAUGUACAAAAAAAAGAAGUUUCAUUUGUGAUCUAUUGCAACAUUUUGUAAGAAUGUUUUAUUUAUGUUUUAUUCUCACCCAUUGGGGUGAUGUAAAGUCACAUUUCUCUCAUAAUAAAUAAAAAAAAUAAAUC